UUAAUAUAACUCACUUAGGACGCCGGUUGGCCGAGGCCCUGUUGUUUUUCAUUACAAGGGAGGGGCUCCGGUGGACUGUGGCUACACUGGACGAUAAAUCACACGAACCCUUUAUUGUGUCGCAUGUUUGGUGACGUCCAAUUAUCGACUUGUUCUGAAGUCUCUGGGGCCGAGGCCUAGAGACUUUUCCUAGCUAACGUUAUUAACAUUUCCAGUCACUGCCAGUAUUUUGAUGCGGGUUCUGACUGGGUGUGGACUAAUGAAGCGCUUUUUUGUGUGAGGAAAGGCGUCAAUAGUUGAAAACGUCCGCCAGCUAGUAAAAGCAUUAAAACUCCUAGCGAGGAAGUGAGGAGCGAAAAAAAUGACAUCUCGAAGGUGGUUCCACCCGAACAUCACCGGCGUGGAGGCUGAGAAUCUGCUGUUGACUCGCGGAGUGGAUGGGAGCUUCUUGGCCAGACCGAGUAAAAGUAACCCAGGCGACUUUACUCUCUCAGUACGGAGAAAUGGCGCCGUGACCCACAUUAAGAUCCAGAACACUGGGGACUACUACGAUCUCUAUGGCGGGGAGAAGUUCGCAACGUUGGCGGAGCUGGUGCAGUAUUACAUGGAGCACCACGGGCAGCUCAAGGAGAAGAACGGAGACGUCAUCGAGCUCAAGUACCCACUCAACUGUGCCGACCCCACCUCAGAAAGAUGGUUCCACGGUCACCUGUCGGGCCGGGAGGCCGAGAAGCUGCUGACGGAGAAGGGUAAGAACGGCAGCUUCCUGGUGAGGGAGAGCCAGAGUCACCCGGGAGACUUUGUCCUGUCUGUGCGCACCGGGGACGACAAGACGGACAGCGCUGACAACAAACCCAAAGUCACCCACGUCAUGAUCCGCUGUCAGCAAGACAUGUAUGACGUAGGUGGUGGGGAGAAGUUUGACUCACUCACAGACCUUGUGGAGCACUACAAGAAGAACCCCAUGGUGGAGACACUGGGAACCGUGCUCCAGCUCAAACAGCCGCUCAACACGACCCGCAUCAACGCUGCAGAGAUCGAGAGCCGCGUGAGGGAGCUGAGCAAGCUGGCCGAGGCCACGGACAAGGUCAAACAGGGCUUCUGGGAGGAGUUCGAGACGCUGCAACAGCAAGAGUGCAAGUUACUGUACAGUCGCAAGGAGGGCCAGCGGGCAGAGAACAAGAAUAAGAACCGCUACAAAAACAUCCUUCCCUUCGACCACACGCGCGUGGUGCUCAACGACGGCGAUGACACUGAGGCGGGCUCCGACUACAUCAACGCUAAUCUCAUCAUGGUUGUGACUGACAUCAUGCCCGAGCUGGAGUCCAAGUCAAACAGCACCAAGCUGAAGAAGAGCUACAUCGCCACGCAGGGCUGCCUGCAGAACACCAUCAGCGACUUCUGGAGGAUGGUGUUCCAGGAGAACUCUAGGGUCAUCGUCAUGACGACCAAGGAGGUGGAGAGGGGAAAGAGUAAGUGUGUGAAAUACUGGCCGGACGUGUCGGCCCUGAAGGAGUACGGAGCCAUGCGGGUCCGAAACGUCAAGGAGACAGCCGCCCACGACUACACGCUCAGAGAACUCAAACUAUCCAAGGUUGGACAGGGGAACACGGAGCGGACCGUUUGGCAGUACCACUUCCGGGCCUGGCCCGACCACGGCGUGCCCACCGACCCCGGAGGUGUGCUGGACUUCCUGGAGGAGGUCAACCUGAAACAAGAGAGCAUCCUGGAGGCUGGCCCCAUAGCGGUGCACUGCAGUGCUGGGAUUGGACGAACAGGCACCUUCAUCGUGAUCGACAUCCUAAUAGAUGUGAUAAGAGAAAAAGGGGUGGACUGUGACAUCGACGUGCCCAAGACCAUCCAGAUGGUGCGCUCCCAGCGCUCUGGGAUGGUGCAGACCGAGGCCCAGUACCGCUUCAUCUACAUGGCCGUGCAGCACUACAUCGAGACCCUGCAGAGACGCAUCGAGGAGGAGCAGAAGAGCAAGAUCAAGGGGCGCGAGUACACCAACAUCAAGUACUCUAUGCUGGACCUGACCGGAGAGCAGAGCCCCCUGCCGCCCUGCACGCCAAUCCCAACGCCCAUCUGCACAGAAAUGAGGGAGGACAGCUCCAGGGUGUAUGAGAACGUGGGUCUGAUGCAGCAGCAGAAGAGCUUCAGAUGAGGGGCCGCAGGGAACCCGGCGAGCCACCAUUUCCAGGAACCUGACACCUGAACGAUUUUUGCCAGCCACACCUUGACGCCUGAGACUUGAAACCGUGUUGCGGACAUGGAACAAUAGAAAACAAUGGAAAACAACAUGACAUCGACGAGAGAGAGGGGAGGGGGAGAGAGGGCAAGAGGGAGGGAGGGAGAGAGGAGGGAGGGAGAGAGGUAGACCUAACACCAGAGCCUCUCUGCCCCUCUACCCCCUGCUCUAGGUGUAUUCUAAACCACUGUGAUUGUCAGAGGAGCCUCCUUGGAAGGGGGGCGGCCGCGCUAAAAACCCAACCUUAACCACGGUGUGGGGGUCGCCUUCUAAACCCACCCCCACCCCCGCAACAAGGGCUGCAUCUAGCGAACGAUCCACCACCGCGGGAAUGUCCACCAAGCCCCCCUCCCCACCGCGACCGCCCACACCCCCUGACUAACAUUAUGCCCUUUUUUGUUUUUGUUUUUCUGUGUACUUACUCUUGUCUGUUUAUUAUGGUGUUUUUAUAAUUAACCAAAGGAAAUGUACGCCAAUUUAGAUUUUAGUUGAAAAGAAAGGAGGUUUGUCGAGAGGUAAAGACGUCGGCUCGUGCCGAAUCCACCGAUGAUUUCGUUCAACAUCUCCUCGCAGAUAUCUUUUCCGCCCGGUUGGCCUUCUCAGCGGUGACGCGGCAUGGCCGUCGAUAGUUUUUUCGCUGAGGAGGAAGAAGCAUAAUAGUCCCCCCGACACCACUGGGGAAUGUAGUUUUACCUGUAUUUUAUAGACCAAUGUAAACGAUUGAAGCAUCACUGACCGGCCGCGUUGUGUGUUUCUAUAGUAACAGUUGUAUCAUAUGCUAACCUCACUCGCCCUCCUACACAUGAGGAUGUAUGUCUCUCAAGAACUGCCUUGGAACGAAAGCUGAUCCAUUCAGACUUUUGGCCAGUCUUAAGACUUUUACCCUUUCUUUUUUCCGGUUGCACCGCCCCCCCAGAGUGAGGUCGUCUUUGUUCCGAUGGAACCGUCCGUCUGUCACCAUUCCCUUCAGCUCAAGCCGAGUGUCCUUAACGCUAUGUUCUGUUGCUGCUUCUGCGCAGCAUCACCGCCACUACUUCAAGCCUUGUUACGCCAUCAUGGAUACAUGAAACAAUAAUGUUAGGGAUAGAAGGAAUGUAUAAUCUUCAUAAUAUUCAUGCAUCCCCCCCGUGCCCCCGUAUCCUCCCCCUAACACUCCUGCACUUCUAGUCGUUCAUUUCUUGACACUUAAAAAUGGGUUUUCAGUCGAGGUGUGAUUCUCCGUCGGUGUGUUACUCACUAGAGCUUGCGGGCAACGCCAUGGGCACACCGCUGCCAAAAGAUGAGUUGGGUUAUUGGUUUUCAUUUUUAAAUCGUAUUACAUUGUUUUCUUUCCGCUCUUCACCGAGUGAAGGAGGCCCGUUUCGCUGCCUGUUCGGAGCGUACCUCCACAUGUAUUUCAUUUCCACGGUCGCUGUCUGACGUUGUCGCGGUGACAUUUACCAAGAGUUUUUUUUUGUCAUUUUGUCGCCGUGGUGAUGGGACUUUAAAGGGCCCCACUCAAACAAACAACCCCACCCCAAUGUUUACACACACACACACACACACACACACACACACACACACACACACACACACACACACACACACACACACACACACACACACACACACACACACACACACACUGCAUUAAACAUUCGAGAUGGCGGUUUUAUAUGCCAUUGGUGCCCCAUCGGUUACUAGUAGUAUUUUUAUUUUUACUUAUGAAAUGUCGUCACACUAAAAGCAUUAAACUGUUUUUUGAUAGAGAACCGAGUACUUUACCAGUGAGCUGCAGUAUUCCUGGGAACGAUGAAUCCAGGGCUGAUACUAUAUGUGCAUUAUUAUUAUUAUGGUUGUUGUUGUUCUAACUGAUGAAGACUCGCCGACCCACUUCAUUCUCAGAUGUCGGCUGUACAUUGUCAUUUUUUUUUUUCUGCUCAUUUGCUCCAUUCGUGUUUUUGUGAUGUUAUUUGCGCCUUGGGGGUGGGGGGGGAAAGUCAGUCUUUCUGACGAUAUUUUGAGUCUGUGCGACAUCUCCCCUGGAAAGAAACGUCUCAAGGGAAUAUUCUGGAGCGGGGAGAGGAUGUACGGACUCCUGGCCGACCCGCCUUAAGGGGCCGUUCUCAACACUCACUCAUCCAGGGUUCAGAGGCCUUUCCACCCCCCCCCCUCCCCAACCCCGGAGGCUUCCUCCUCCCACGGGGAGGCGGGUGUGGGUCCACCCUCUCCAAGGAGCCGGCCGGAUCUCCACCUUAAAUCAGUGUUUCUUCACGGCUGGCCGCUUCCCUCCAGCACAACACCACCCUAACGCUCGUCUCAAAGGGACUCCUUGAAGCCUGAAUCCAUUUCUGUACGACACAACGUAUUCUCUUUAGUUCCUUCUCGUCUUAAAUCAUACGCAUUGAGUUGACUGAGCUUCUACGUGCUACUGUCCCGUCUGCAGGUUUUUCAGUUCUUCCUCUUCAUUUGUUGUUAUCGUUAGGAUGUAUGAGUCUGUCUGUCUGUCCGUCCGUUUCGCGUGUCCUUCUGCUGUUUAGUGGCCUUGUCCUUGUGGUGUUUUUUUGUCUCGUCUUUAUGUCCGGAGGUGUUGCUCUGUACGGCCAUGGCCAUCUUUGUGAGACACUCACACUCCUGGAUGACUUGGCUUUUCUUUUUUUAAUUCACAGAACAUUGAAAAAACGCAUUCUUUAUAAUUAUUAUUAAUAUUAUAAGCAAUUACAAUGCAUAGAUGUGCCUUCUAUGCAUAUGCUUAUGUGUAUGUGAUAGCUAUUGAAAACAACACAGUGCUCUUUAGAUCAUUCAAGAACUCGUAACACAUUAAUGUGAAUUUUGUCAUCCUGAACAUCACCUGAACAAAAAGAAGAGGAGGAACCGUGAUUGCAAUGCAAACAAACUAUAUUUUUUAACAUGUAUAUUGUACAUGAGUACCUGGUAGAGGACAAUGUACUUACCAAGCAUAUCUACUUGCCAAUAAGAUAUAAUGUAUGUAUAUUCCUACAGGACAGGUUUCUCUCUGACAAAGAGAGGCGUCUCCCUUGCAAAACACUUAUGAGGUUUAUUGUAUUGUAUGACUUUCAAUGCAGUUAACCAUGUUAACUUCAAUAACAAUAAAUGGCUAGCUCAUGCCUCA